AACAAAAUUGGCAAACUCAAAUCUUUGCUGUCAAAUCAAAACGUCAAAAAUGGACUGAAAUUUUUGCUGUGUGUGCUACCAAUUUACGUGAAAAAAUUAAGCCCCAACAAAAAGGAUUUCGUCAUUUUUCUAACGGGACAGUGUAAUAUAAAGACUGGUCUAGUGUUUAGUGAUAAAUAACAAGUAUGGAGUGUUGAUUAAAGACUGUGUUUUUGAUGCAAGAAACGUCGAUAUUUCUCUUGAGCUGGUGAUAAUGCAGCGAGCCCGAUAAUCGACCGCCCCCAGCCAACGCGCUUUCAAGAUGGCGUCGGUGUGGAAGCGGCUGCAGCGCGUCAACAAACGCGCCGCCAAGUUCCAGUACACCGCGUCCUACCACCGCAUCGAUCUCGACACCUCGCCUAAAUGGAAGCCCAACAAGUUAAGCAUCGUGUGGACGCGGCGGUCUCGUCGCGUCAUCACGGAACCUCAGGAGUGGGAGCCGUCGCUCAAGGACCCUCUCAAGGGUUCAGUCCAGUUCACAGUACCGGAGAACCACACAGUAGCGGUGACGCUGUUCAAGGAUUCUCGCACCAACGAGCUUGAAGAUAAGGACUGGACGUUCGUUCUAGAAGAUGUGUCAUCAACCGGCAAGCGCCGCCGCCUCGCAGUAUGUUCCAUCAACAUGCGUAAGUACGCCAGCUUGGAGCCGUCACAGCGCUCGCUACUACUCACCUUGGAGCCUACAACUCACAAAAUUGUGGCUGCGUCGCUGCAUCUCACGCUGCAUGCUGUGCUGCUACGCGAGGGGCAGGCCACGGAUGAAGACAUGCAGUCUCUAGCGUCACUGCUGUCAGUGAACAACAACUCCGAUAUCGCCGUGUUAGAAGAUCUCGAUGAGGAUGAUUAUACGCUCUCUGAUAACUCUACUAGACAGAUGAGCGAUCUUCGCCAGCAGAUGGAAGAGAUGACGCAAUCCCUCACAAACAGCGACAUCGCAGCGACCCCCAACAGCGUCCAAAGCCUGAACUUUGACGGCCGCACCCCCACCGCCGCUCCCCCGGACUAUCCCGCAGACUACUCCCUAAACUCCCCCACAACUCCUGUCAACCCCCCCGAGGAAACACUCCCAAAAAUUGAACUAAAGAUCACGGAAGAAAAGAAAUCAAGGCCAGAGUUUCUGUCGAAUUUGACCAAGCUGGCGAUGAAAGAGACGCCGAAGUUUGCGUCGACGCCGAAGAUGUCUGCUGUUGCGACGAACAACGAGUGCGGGAUCAAAGGCAUCGCGUUUAAGACCAGUACUGUUGUUAAGAGAAACCUAAAACCCCUGGAGCUGAAGACGAAUCUGAACAGCAUCAGCUUGGACAAGAACGACAACGAGCGUGAGGAGGACGAUGACAAGACCCCGACAGCUGAUGGAGGGGAGAAGAUACUGUCGGCACGGUUGGACAAGGAUAAGACUCCGGUGCAAGACCUGCUGGAGUGGUGCCAGCAAGUGACCCGCGAGUACCGCAGCGUGCGCGUCACCAACCUCACCACCAGCUUCCGCUCUGGACUCGCCUUCUGCGCCAUCAUACACCGGUACCGCCCGGACCUCAUUGACUUCUCAGGCCUGCAGCCGGACGACGCGGAGCGCAACGUGCGGGUAGCGCUGGACGCCAGCGCCAGGCUCGGGAUAUCACAAGUGCUGACUGCGGCCGACGUCUGCUCCAGGCCCACGCCUGAUCGAUUGGCGAUUAUGACGUAUUUGUUUCAACUGCGCGCUCAUUUCACUGGUAACGAGUUGCAAGUGGAACAAUUAGGCAACGACGAGACAGAGUCCUCGUACCUGGUGGGGCGCCACGACACGGACGGGUCGUUGCCCCCGGAGCUGUUUAGCAGAGAAGUCAGCACAAGAAGGUCCAGGAAUUUGGAGAACAGACCACGUCCUGUAUCCCAAGACUCGCAGGAGUCCCGCCACUCAGACCGCCAGACCCCAGACAAGCCUCAGUCCCCCACAGCCAUGAAAGACGUCCGCGACAUGUUCCUCCAGCAGUCAAAGACGAUACUCAACAAGAUGCUGUCGCCGCCCAACACCAGGGAGAAGCCUACGGCCAAGUGGUUCGCUGACACUAAGCUUAACGAGACCCUGCCGGCGAGGCCGGAGAAGUUGAUGACCCGUAAAGAGCUGACGGACCCGUUCGGCUCCGAUGACGAGGAUGAGCCUGUCACGCAGCCGGCGGCCGUAACCAACAGUAACGGCGCUCACAAUGGUGAUAGCGCCAAACCCCCGCAACCAGAAACCACCCCAGUCACGUCACCGACAAUAGCAGACCCGCUGGGCGUCAACCAGCCGCAACCGGAACCGCAACCAGAAACCAAGCAACCACAGCAACCAGCGGAGAAACCAAAGUUGCCUACACCAGAAUUGCCUAAACCUACGCCGCAAUUGUUAUCACGUCAUGACGAGCUUAAAGAGAGAGCUAGACUACUGCUAGAACAAACGAAGAAGGAAGCGAAAGAGAAGGCGAGACGACAGAAAGAGAAGGAAGAUCUUAUUAAGAGUGAGGCCAUGAAUGGGUUGAAAAAUGGAGAGUUGAGUCCGUCUAAAAAGCCACAGACAGAAGAAGAGAGACAGGCGAUCCUACGAGAGCGAGCGAGAAAACUGAUCGCAGACGCUCGGGCGGGGAUAGUCAGUCCGACGUCGCCGCUGUCUCCAAACCGCGUGAACCGCGGCGGGACAGUCGAGAUCAUCAGCAAACAGUCAGUUAUGGAGGAAAUUGCUGCCGCGGGGGGCAUGGAGGGCCUGGACGCGAUCCUCGGGCGCGCCGACUCCGUCAACUCGAGCCCUGGGUCAAGGAAGAGUUCCGUCAGUCCAGAUAGAUCAGAGGAGCGCAACAGCGACGACACGAAGAGUGGCCGAAGCGGCUCGAUAGGGUCCGACCCGCGGCGCUCGCCGCUACAAUCCUUCUCGGCCAUGUUGGAGCGACUCACGCCCGACAAGGAGAAUAUUGACGAGGGUCAAGAGAAGGGCUCGUACAUCCAAAGCGAGUUAGAGGCGUUAGAACGCGAACAGAAGGCGAUCGACGAGCGGGCGGCCGCACUAGAGAAACAACUGCGUAGAGUCAUGGAGUCUGCUGAUAACACAGAGGAGGAGGACAGACUGAUGUCGCAGUGGUUCAACCUGGUUAACAAGAAGAACGCGUUACUACGCAGGCAGAUGCAGCUUAACAUAUUGGAGCAAGAAGAAGAUCUGAGUCGUCGUUGCGAGCUUCUUGCGCGGGAGUUACGCCUAUCUCUCGGAGUCGAGGAGUGGCGGAAGACGCCCGGACAGAAGCGAAGGGAGAGACUCCUACUGCAGGAACUCUUGUCUGCGGUCAACGAAAGAGAUAGAUUGGUGCAGGAAAUGGAUGAACAAGAGAGAGCAAUCGCGGAUGACGCUGAAAUCGAGCAUAACCUAUCGCAAGUAGAAAUUCAAAGAAAAAACAACUGUAUACUGCAGUAAAUAAGGUUCAACUCUCGCGGUCAGUCACACUUAUUGUAACGAUUUAACAAAAGUCAUAAUUUUAACGUCGUGUGAACAUUUUGUAAUGCUUCACAGUCCAUUAGGUUUUAAAUAAAUUAACGGAAAAGUGACGAUGGAAUUAAAUUGUCACUGUAUUUUACAAAUGGACGAAACGUAAUUUACAAUUAGAAAUGUAUUUCAUGUAACAGUGUGUUUUACAAAGAGGCGGUCUAAAAUUUGACUUUACAAUUAAAAUGGAGAGUGUUUUGUAAUAUUUUAAAUUGUUUUUGGAAAAUAUUAAAUGAACUGGAGGUCUACCGUGACGUCUUAUUGUGAUUCAUUUUAGGACGAUAAAACGUCGACGUGAGUAAGCAAGAACAACUUAUGUGAAGUUUGUAUUUCUCUGUUUUCAACAGAGCGAUUUAAAAGCCAGAGUGGCUUUAUAUGAUACAAGUGGCCUUUGGCGGCUCAAUAGUAAACUCAAACUCAAAAAAUAUAUUUAUUCGUUAGGUACACUUUGAAACGUCAAUUUUUACAUGAAUGUAUAUUAAAUUUUGUUGAAAGUCUCAUCCGCCUAAAACUACUGCAGCUUCUCACAACCUGGGCAAAGUAGCUGCAAGAAAUCACCCAGGACCGAAAAUAUUAGAAAAAAAAAAAAAGAAUUAUUUAAUACAAUUUCAGUAAUCUGGCUGCCUAAUAUUCGAUAAGGUUCGCGGUUAUUCUCGUGCAUUUCGGUUUUUUUACAAAGUUUCUGUUUAAUCGCUGUCUUAAAACUGUUGAAUGGUAAAAAAAGUAUUUUACACAUGUGAUAUGAUAUUAGAAAUAUUGAACCGCCAUAGCCUUCUCUAACUAAAUCGCUUUGUUGAAACGCUUGAGUAACUUUGAGUAGCUUUAUGUCAAGGGUAACCUUGACAUCAUUGGUUGGUGUGGUCGGUCGUUGACCUCAACCCACGAUAGAAAAAUUGUUGAUGGUAGGCCGCCUGUUGUGUGACGGAUAAUACUCAGUUGUGUCCUAUGUUACUUCGCGUAUCUAGCUUCGUAUAUUGGUGCUGACUCCAGUAAACACCAUCUAAUUUUAUUUUAAGCUAUACCUGUCAUAUUCUUAUCCGCCGAAAAGGAAAGGGACGGGUAAUCGACAGGCGUAAAAUAUAUGGAACACACGUCAUUUUUAGACAGAAACUUGAAAGCCCUCCCAAUUUCUUUUAUUGGCCAAUAAUCCGACAGAAAUAAGUUGACAGCAUACGUCAAACGGGUUGCAUAUCAGCGAGAUGCCUAUUUUAUACGCCCGGGUUUUUCAUUAAUUCACCCAUACAUUGUAAAAUUAACAGUUCUUUUCGGCGGAUAAGAAAAUGACGGAUAUAACUUAAAAUAAAAUUAGGAGGUGUCUGCAGGAAUCGGGUCCAUUAGUUUGUAUUAUUUAAAUUUCGGCUUAGUAGUUUCGAUUUCCUAAAAUACUAGUGGUGCAUUAUCAGCUUCGAUUAUAUUUUUUAUUUUUUGUAUGACCUUUUAGAAAAGUACAGUAAUGUUACUAAAAGAAAAAUCUAUCAGACAAUGCAAAAGCUACUGCCAAUCUUUUUGUUCUUAACACAUUUAAAUUCAUAAGUUAUAUUUAUGCACAAUAAUGUACACUCUGGUAUUUUAUUUAAUCUGUGUCUUAAAUUUUAGUUUUGGUAUAGGUUUACCAAAGAUACCUUAAAUAUAAUCUAUGUAAGGUUUUUUAAAACUUAUAUAUUUAUUUUUAAAACUACAUAACUGCGUCCGGUGCGUUCAGAAACGUUUCCAAACAUCAGUUAAAAAAGUUCAAAAUUGUUUUUUUUUUUUUACAUUUUGUAUCAACCAAUAUUCUUUAACAACGGUAGAUAACAUUACAUGCAACACAUGUAAUUAUUUGUUUAUGUAUUCUCUGCGAUGAUGAUAUUAUUAAUAAUAAUACAACGUAUAGAACGGUACCUCUUCGCCCCAAUGAGGGACGUUCUUUUUAUUUUUUAAUUUUUUAUCCUAGCUGCUGAAUAGAUGGCGUUGAACUUUGUAGGUUACUAUGGAACGGAACGUUAUAUUAUUUGUGAUUUUCUUUUUGAAAUCAUACAACGAAACGUAUUAUGCGCAAUGAAAAAAAAAUAAUGAAGAAAGAAAACGGAAUCUUAUCAGAAUGUCCCGAGAGAAUGAAAAUAAGAAAAGAAUUAUUUGUCUUGUUUAUUUAUUUCUUAAAUUAAGACAGUGGCCCAGUAACGUAGUUGGUUAAGCGCCAUCUAACGACUUCAAAUUCAAAUUCAAAAAUAUCUUUAUUAAGAAGGUAACAUAGUUACACUUUAAAUCGUCAAUUUUUACAUAACGAACGCCUCAUCCGCCUAAAACUACUGCAGCUUCUCACAACCUGUAUAGCCGGAGAAAAGAAGCUGCAAGAAAAACCUCACUUGUUCUUGAGAACUAUUUUUUUAAUUCUAACAAACAAAGUCUCCCAUUCGUAUCCGGCGCCGACCUCAUUAUUGAUUAAUUCUAAACUAAAAUUCUAAAAGAAAAAUGCGAUUGAUUUUUGAUCACCUUACUGGCUUUAGACAUAGAAGCUUUAUUAGCAUUUUUAUAAUUUAUCUUUGGCCCAGUGAAUACCUUGGUCUUUAUUUUUGAAUCGCUCGCUUUCAACUAACGGUCGAAAAAAAUAUAUACCCAUUUCACGUAGCAUCAGAAUUUGUCAUUUGCAAGAUGAGACAGAUAUAUAUUUUUUGCGAGUUGAUUAAAAAAUGUGGCUGCCUGUUGUUUGGAAGCGUAUUCUGUGUAUCGUCCGCGAUUCAAUGUUUAUUAUAAAUGGUGAUACAUAAGUACAAUUUGCCAUAGUGGAUGUUAUAUAACGCUGCAUUGAGUAGUGAUUUAUUUUUGUAAGUAGACACUUUUUUAAUGCGAUCAACGGAUUUUUUUUUAAUGUAAAUAUUUAGUUUUAAAUCGAUAUUUAUUGCGGCUUGUUCAAAUCUUGCCUUUACGAGGAGAAAAUGUAAAAAGUUACUUGAUAAGCCACUGCAAGGAAUACUUUUUUGAGAAAUUGUUCUUAAUAUAAAAUAGCGUCACGCCUGCAUUCUCGAAGGGGUGAUGAUGCUUCACAGUCGAUUUCGACUACAGCGACAGCAGCUGGUGGAUUCAUUGACGGUUGUCAUUCAAGAGCUUGGAAAGUCUGCUCUCUGGUGUGCUCUGUGGUGGCUCGUAUAGCCAAUUUUAUGUGAAAACGUGCGCCCACAUUUUGCACACCCCCUACGUAAUUAUAGGUGAUUGCCGCAGGUGGUCGGGCUUUCAGAUCAUCACGUUUUCUGCCCUAAUAUCAAUUAUCUAUUAUCCAAACAUGAAAGCAAACUAAAGUCAAAUUCAGUGGUUUAGAGUCCAACCCGGGAUACUAACCCGUAACACUGCGAUUUGAAUCACGCACUCUCACGGUUCCUUAGUUACUGAAAUAAUAUAUACGUAAAUGAUUUUUAAUAAUCGAACACUUUAUGUGUCCCAGUAUUGAUCAUAAGAACUCUUUGAUAAAACACAAAAUAUUUUACGUUAUAAUAAAUAAGAAUAGUUCACAAAGAGAGUAAUAAAAAAUAUAAUUGCUUUUGUAUUUAAAAAAAAAAAAACGUAAACGAAAUGUAAACGUAACUUUCAUUCAAUGGCGGCCGAUUCUAGCGAUAAAAAAGUAAUUUACAAUUUAUUUAUUUUUGUUUUACAACUCUAAAGUUAGGGCCGUCGUUUACUUACGAAUUUACGAUGAGUCAAAGAAAGAGAUGGAGUCAGUUUAGACGUAUCAAACUUAAAUAAAAAUCAAAAUAAUUUUGUAUGUGCUAGAAUCACCAAUAUUAUUCCUAACCUAAACUUUAAAAAAUGAUAUUCAUAACACUCAAGAAAGAGGUUUUAUCACUUGCAGUGGCGCUAUCUGUCGGUGCACUCUUAAUAAAUUGUAUAAAUAUAUAAACUACGCUAAAAUAAUAUAAGUCUACAUACGCUCGGUUUACGUCACUUAAGUUUUCAGAGCUUCAAGUAUGCAUUAAACCUUUUUAUCGACUUUUAUAAAUGGAUUUAAAUCUUUUAAAUAAUAAAACAAUAUUAGUGGCACUAUUAGGCUAGAUGACAACCCAGUCAAAUAAGGUACUUAUUACGAAACGUCGAAACGAGUAAUUACUAGGGAAUUUGAUAUGUGAGGAGUAAGACUCUGUGGUCCAGUGAACUUACGACCCGGAAGGCCUGGGUUUGAAUCCCAGUGGGGACAUAUCACAAAGAUGAUUUUGUGUUCUAUAGUUUGGUUAGGACACGCUGAUCACCCGAUUGUCCGAAAGCAAGAUAAUCUGUGCUUCGGAAGGCACGUUAAACUGCUGGUCCCAGUUACUAUUUACUGAUGUAAGGAUGUAGUCGGUACAUGAGCCAUGUCAGAGGCCUUUGGUGGCUUAAUAAUAACCCUGAUACCAGGGUUGAUCAGGUUGGUAUUCCACCCGACAGCAAAAUGUUAAAUGCAAGAUAGGGAUAGUUUUAUAAAACUUUUAAACUAAAAUAAAAUUGAACUGUAUAGUGAUUGUGAACAAGCUAUAACUUAGAAGAGUUCGCACAUCAUGCAACUGUAAAAACUUGCUAGUUUUGCCCGCUAGGCGUAAUUUGUAUGUGUUUGUGACGCCACUAAUACUAUUAAUGUUUUAUUGUCUACGGGUUUAAUAUCCUAUUGCUAAGUGACGUGAUACUAUUCUAUAUGUCUCGUUUUACUAAUUACUCUGUACGAGACAUUUAAACUUACUCUUUAGGGGGAAAAUGCUGAAUUCUAAUGAAAUGUAAAAUUAUUUCUUACCUUGUGAGCUAGCAUUGGCUAGAAUUUAUUUUAUUUUAUUAUAAAAAAUAUAGGUCAUACUUAUUUUUAUUAUUAUUUAAGUACCAUACUGACCUUCACUACCAAAAUUAUAGACAUUUAUUAAGAUAUGAAAUUAUAUUUAUUAAUUCAGCAGAUUCCGUACCCUUUCAAAUCAACGUUCUUAUAAUAUUUACAUAAUAGUAAAAAAUGAAUAAUUAAAAUCAAAAUCGUCCCCUUAGAUGUAACUUGGUAUAUGUAUGAUAUUAUGGAUAUAAUAAUAUUGGACUAUUUUUGUGCAAAUAAGUUUUGAAUCAUAAUGAAAAUAUUAUAAUAAAUGUGCUUCGCAAAAUUGUAUAUUUUUUUAAUUAGUUUUUAUUUUUAUACCGUGAAAUUGGUGCAUAGGUUUGUCUUUAUUUAUUCUAGUUGUGGACAUUUUGAGUAAAAAAAAAUGUAUUUUAUUUGGGAAAGAAAAAUAAAGAAAUAGAUUAAUGGGUCAUAUUUUCAAUUAGUAAUGUCAUUGUAACCAGAAUCGGUUCGCUUUCUUGAUAUAUAAAUACAUACAUAAACUCACGCUCGGCAUGCCUAACGGAGUGGAGAGUAAGUGAUCUAGUUUGGAUAAUUAUUAAUCAAAAUGUCGACAACUUAAAAACGGAGCUCUACAUUUUUAAUCGGUCGAUGAUUUAUUUUUUUUUUUAUUAUAAUUGGCUCUAUUGGCGAGGUGCUAUCAAGUGUAGCUUGAUCGGUGUGCAAUGUAAUCUUAUUCAUACAUACAUAUAGAUACAUAGACGUAGACGACCGCUUCACAUAACUGUACAUAUUUAGGCUUAAACAGUGACUUACUUGGUUAUUAUUAACGGAAUAUCAAAUUCAAAAAUAUCUUUAUACCGUAGGUAACAAAGUUACACUUUGAAUCGUCAUUUUUUACAUAACGAACGUCUCAUCCGCCUAAAACUUAUGCAGCUUCUCACAACCUGUAUAGCCGGGGAAAAGAAGCUGCAAGAAAAUCCUUGGCUGUAUAUACGGGGGUCCGCUUACAUAAUUUGGAACAAGAGUAAAAAACAUUUAUUUUGAAACUGUGUAAAACAAUCCAUCAGUCUUGAGUUAGCCAGGUCUGGUUUUUCCUACAGAAUGGACCGCCAUCUGGUCUUUUAAUCAAAUCAAAUACAUUUUAUAUUCUAUUUUUGUUUUCUAUUUUCUUUUUUUUAAGGACUAAUCCGCUCAGUUACUGGUGAAGUACAAUUUUAAUAUUUGUACGCCUGCGUGCAGGCCGAACACGUCACAACACUGUAAUGAAAAUUAUUUUACCACCCAUUUGUAUUUAAUGUGUUCUCGCUUAUAAAUUGAUUUGAUUAAUAGAGCCGAUUCUGGCAGACACCAACUUAAAUUUCAGUAUUUCACAGUUCCAAUAAAAGUUCUGUCUCUCUCUCUUGCACUUAGCGUUAGAGAAGGCACCGAUGUAGUAAUAUUUUUUACAUGGAUAUUUUACCGGUUUUUAUCGAAAGCAAACUGUUGAAGUAUAGCCGUCGUUCGUAAAUAUACAUAACACUUCAAAUAUAUCCGUUAAAAAUAAUCAAGUGAUAUUACUUUAUUGUAGCAAUCGCAAUGACACGGUGUUAAAUUAUUGUCUAUCAUAUCCUUGUACCAAAACCGGUAGUUUGAAGACAAUCAGUUAUAAUUCUUAUAGUGUAAAUCUGUUAAUUGCAAUAACUUUUGUGUCCAACGGUUUAGAACAAGUAGAUUCAUGUCGCUAUUACAAUGUUGUUACGUUAUUGGUGGUUUGACGUUGUUUCUUUAUUCAUUUAAACACAUAUAUUGUGAAAAAUAAUAAAAAAAAUUAAUAAUAAUUUCGAGAAUAUAUCUUUUAAAACAUCGAAAAACUAGUCACACAACGUCUGUCUUUUUAUAUUUUUUAUUGUCACUAGAUUUUAUUUAAUGAUAAUCAUUACUAAUAAAUUAUAUUAAUAUAAAUAUACCCAUUAUUUUUAUAAUUAAAGAAACAUUCUAAAUUUGAAAACAGGCAUAAUUAAACUUAAUAAAUUAAUUUAAUAUUAAUCAAAAUUAUUAAAAAUUAAACUAAUUAUAAGUCAAAUCACCAAUAACUUAGAAUUUUAGAUCUCAAACUAAAUUACUCAUAGUUGUCACAAUUAUAGCAUUCACAAUAUACGUAUAUAUCAAUUUAUUAAAUAGAAUAUUAUUUACAACUGUAAUAUUCUGCGAUUUAUCUAUAAUUUGUAGUGGUAGUAGGAAGCAUUUUAAUUUAACUACGACAUACAUGUCUGUAUCUAAAUACAGUACUGCUAUCUAUAAUAAUUAUGGACCCGUAAUAAAGUGAUAUUGUAAAAUA